GUUAAUGAACGGCUCGAACUCGUUGACAGCCCCAUCUGACAAAUAAGGGUGGAAGUAUCCCCAGUCCCCACCUCCGGCGCACUAAAGAGAGUGGUAGCUACUACUUCCCGCGCUUUUACGAGUCUAGGGUUUUGGCUCUCCGACCUCCAUGGCUCCCGACGCUCCACCUUCUCCCCAGCCUCCGGCGAAGCGUCGCCGGAAAAUCCACGCAGACGACGAACCGGCCGCCGCCGCCGGCGUCCCUCCGGCGGCGGCGUCCCCUCUUGUCGUCUUCGCCCACGGCGCCGGGGCUCCGUCCACCUCCGAAUGGAUGGUCAAAUGGCAGAAAAUGAUGGGCGAGGCGCUAGAUGCUGUUGAAGUUGUCACCUUUGACUAUCCAUAUAUUUCCGGUGGAAAACGUAGAGCUCCUCCCAAGGCAGAAAAAUUAGUUGAUCAUCACUUAUAUGUUGUAAAAGAAGCUGUUGCAAAGUUUCCUGGACAUCCUCUGGUUCUGAUGGGAAAAUCAAUGGGUUCAAGGGUUAGCUGCAUGGUAGCCGCUGCCGAGGAUAUCAAUGUCGCAGCAGUUAUAUGCUUGGGCUAUCCGCUGAAGGGCAUAAAUGGAGCAGUACGAGACGAUACUUUGUUGCAGCUGAGGGUUCCAACAAUGUUUGUGCAGGGUAGCAAAGAUGGGUUGUGCCCACUGGACAAGCUCGAAUCCACACGCAAGAAAAUGAAAUGUGAGAAUGAGCUGCAUGUGAUCGACGGCGGCGACCACUCUUUCAAGAUUGGGAAGAAGUUCCAAGAGUCCACUGGAGUGAAUCAGGAUGAAGCAGAGAGAGCAGCAGUUGAGGCGAUUGCGCACUUUGUCCUGAAGUCGAUAGGAGAAAACUGAAACCAGAAUAUCAAUGUACUUUUGUAGAUCAGCAAAUCUACUACUGUUUUGGUUUGCUGUAUUAAGGUUACAGAUGUUGUCAAGUUAUUUCAGGUGAAUCUAGCUCCCUCUUUUUUGUUGGGUUAAAAAAACGCACUAAAAUCUGAUUGUGAUUAA